AUGCAUUUAGAUCGAUGCUCAGACAAGACUCUACAGCUUCCUUAUUGGCAGGGGGAGCGGCGAGGCAUCGUGUCGAGAACUGUUAUUGCGCCUGUUGAAAGGGCAAAGAUUCUGUUUCAAUUGCAAGGACCAGGAAAGGCCAAUUAUCAGGGAAUGUUCCCAACAAUUGCAAAGAUGUACAAAGAAGAAGGUGUAAAAGGUUUGUUCCGCGGGAAUGGAUUAAACUGUGUUCGAAUCUUCCCCUACUCUGCAGUACAGUUCUUUGUUUAUCAGAGGAUAAAGUUCAUGCUCUUGAAGCCUGGAGAAAUUGAUUUGAACAACUUUCAAAGACUGUUUGCAGGAUUCAUUGGUGGAAUUGCAAGUGUCUUUGCAACUUACCCACUCGAUCUGGUAAGAACGAGGUUAAGUAUUCAAACGGCAAAUUUGGCCAAAUUAUCAGAAUCCAAGGUACACGCUGGUCAAAAACCACCUGGUGUAAUGGAACUCUUGGGGAAGAUUUAUAAAACAGAAGGUGGAAUAUUAGGCUUGUACAGAGGUGUCUAUCCAACGACUCUGGGUGUCGCACCUUAUGUGGCUAUAAAUUUUGCUGUUUACGAACAGUUAAAAGAAUUCGUUCCUGAAGACUCCAACCCUCUCAUCAAGUUGCUGCUAGGUGCCACUGCUGGUGGUAUUGCUCAAACCUUGACAUACCCGUUUGACCUUUUACGAAGAAGAUUUCAAGUGUUAACCAUGGGUGGUCACGAGAGCGAAUUGGGAUUCAAGUACACAUCUGUGUGGAACGCCCUUGAGACAAUUGUCAAGACCGAAGGAUUUGCAGGGCUAUACAAAGGCCUGGUAGCGAAUCUGUUCAAAGUGGUGCCCUCAAUGGCUGUGUCAUGGCUGACCUAUGAUGUUAUCAAAGACUGGAUGAUGAGACCUUCCCAAUACUUGUUCAACGCUGCCAAGAAGUCUGGUGUUGCCAUUCCACUUGAAUUGACCCCAUUGUUUGUGGUUAUGGGUGUCGCUGUCUCCUCUGCUACUUUCUUCACCUACAAGAAGUUUGCUCACGACAAAUCCUUGAGAUUGGCCAGAAACCCAGCCCAAUCUGCUGCUACUUCUGAGUUGCUUAAGUCUGAGCCAGCUGCUGAGGCUCCAGCUCCAGCUGUUGAGGCUCCAGCUCCAGUCGCUGAGCCAGUUGCUGAAAAGUCUGAGUAA